GGUCGCCCGGAAAACCUCCACCCCUGAGGCACAAAAAGUACAAAAUAUUAGGUACAUAUUGCAUAACGAAUCGCGAUUUACGAUGGAAAGUCAAACGCGCGGCUCACGCUGCCCAGUCCACGCUCGCGGCUCUAAAGAACGACCGCUCGGCCUAGCUACGCGCGAAUUUUCCGGACGCAUUUCAAAAUUUGAAUUUGGAACUUAUAUUUUUUAUAGUCACUUGAAACGUUGCCAGUAUUUUCAAGUGGACUCUAAUGGCAAUUGUUUUUCUCAAAUUCUUUUUUUACGACGAAAUGGUAAACAAAGAUCAUAGACAUUGAUAAGGUUGUCUUGCCGCCUAAAAAUAAACUGUCUACCCUCACUGGCUGAAAGAAAGUGCUAAUGACUGAAGAAAAAUAAAACUCGGUUUUCCAAAAUGGCGACUGGGAAAAUUACAUUUGUGUUUAGGGGGUGUAUACACUUAGUUUGUAUUGCGUGUUUGAUAAUUCGGACAGAAUCGAUUAAAAGUGAAACAGUGCUAGUGGAUGAACUAAAUUAUUCUAAUAAAACGUUAAAUACGAUUGCUGAAGAAAUCUGCAACAUUUUCACGGCACCGGACGACCCAGUAUGUUUAUCUAACUGGCUAAGUCCGCCGGUCCUAUUGGCGCCACCAUCGGAACUUAAUAUCACGAAGCUGGAUAAAGAAGUCUAUUAUGAAAUAUCGCCUUCAGAUUUCCUGCAAGCCGUUAUCAUGGUGUCGGAUGACGAGAGUCAUAUCGUACAACAUCUCCUGAUACCACCGUCUCGCAAUGAAAAAGUCUGGCUAAACUCCACUCUAAACUACACGUUUUGGACAACAGCCGUGGUUGACAACGGGACCCACUCUCCCUGGCUCCUGGGUCCAAAGUUACUUGCAUGGAAUGUCACUCAUAAAAAUGAGCAAAACAUAAAUUAUACUAUCAAUAUUGAUAGAGAUUAUAGUGACAUGAUGAGUUGCCAGUGUUCUAAUGUUAAUUUUACUUGGAAAAUCAUUAAUGGAUCGGACACAUCUUUCAGAGUAAUAAAUGACUGCCCUAUAACCAAUUUUCGCACCGAAGAGGUCAUUCAUUGUAAGCCAGGAGAAACAGAUAUCAAGUAUUCACAAGCCGUACCCUUGGGGAGCAAAUGUUACUUCGCAGUCUCAGGUUAUGGCAAAGGCGGACUUCUGUACGACAUAGAACCGCAAGCAGUCAAAAACAUCACGUUGCUCCCUGUUCCCAACGGGGAUGCGUGGGACAUUGGCGUCAGCUGGUUGCAGCCGGAACACAGCCCGGACCGGUACCGGGUCGAGCUCCAAGUGGGGGAAGAGGAAUACAAGGUCAAUGUGUCUGGGAAGGCUACAGAAAUGACGUUCUCCGGAGUGUUGGACUAUGGGCUGUACGAAUUCAGCGUGUCGGUAUGCGCAUUUAAGGGCCCCGUCUGUAUGCACGAGAGCAUCCGCGGCAUUUUUCCACGUGGCCAGGUAGCCUCCAGCUCAGUGCCGGUGCUGGGCUCUCUUCUGGCCGUGCUCUUGUUGGCAACCACGCUAGUGAGCGUUGUUGUCUGGUGCAGACGGCGCCGCGACAGGAAGGCGAAACUGCUGUUUCUUGAGGACGAUCCAGAAGACUUCCCAAAGAAGCUGUUUCCUGAGAUAAUCAGUGACCUGCCAGUUACUGAAGACAGCUGGGAGAUUCGACCAGAGAAGCUUCAGUUACACGAAGUUAUAGGCGAGGGCGCUUUUGGUGUGGUGCGGCGAGGGACGCUAGCGCCCGGCAAAGAGGUCGCGGUUAAAAUGCUUAAAGACUACCCAUCCAGAGACGAAGUGCGCUCGUUCCGCGCAGAGACAGAGCUGAUGAAGAGCGUCGGCGCGCACCCCCACGUGGUCAGCCUCGUGGGCUGCUGCAGCGGACGCAGGCCGCUGAUAGUCGCCGAGUAUUGCAGCCGCGGGGAUCUCCUCUCUUACUUGAGAUGCUCGUGGGAUGUGAUGGUUUCCAAACGCAACGCCAAAUACUGCAACAAUAACUUAGAAACAUCUAACUAUCGGAACGAUCUCUUCAAAAGUUCUCACGAACACUCCAAACUGGUGGUCAAUAAGAUGUACGACCUCAACGGAGUCUGCGACACUGAACUAACUUACGUAGACUUGCUAUCUUUCUGUCGUCAGAUAGCCAUGGGAAUGGAAUUCUUAGCUUCCAACAGAGUAGUCCACCGUGACUUGGCAGCUAGAAAUAUUCUGGUGACCAGCGAUAGGACACUGAAGAUAGCGGACUUUGGACUGUCUAGGGAUAUUUAUCAGGAGAAUCAGUAUAAGCAGAAGGGCAAUGGAAAGAUGCCGGUGAAAUGGAUGGCAUUGGAGUCUUUGACACACAGGAUAUACACUACACAGAGCGACGUGUGGUCGUUCGGCGUGGUGGUGUGGGAGGUGGUGACGGUGGGCGGCGCGCCGUACGCGGACGUGGCGGCCGCGCGCCUGCCGCGCCUGCUGCGCGCCGGCUACCGCAUGCCGCGCCCCAACGCCUGCACCAAGCAGCUUUACGACCUAAUGCUAGCCUGCUGGCAAGCGCGGCCGCGCGACCGACCGACCUUCGCCGAACUACACAGCGAACUAGACGCCAUGCUGCACUGUGCUUGCGCCGAACAAUAUCUGGCCCUGGACCUGGACAUGGAAUUGAAGCCAGAAGAGACACGGAGUGUCUACAUGAGGAUCAUGGAGUUCGCAAGGUAA